AUGGCCAUCCUCUCUCUGUCCAGAGAUGUUCGCCUACUGUUGUCGUCUACUUCGAACAAUGAUUCUCAGACGGGCACUACUGAUACUACUAAAGCGAACAGUCACUAUGAUCUCUCCCUUGAGGAUGAGGUACAAAGCUUAGUAGGUGAAAUAAGUGAGAAAUAUGUCCCACAACCAAGCACCGACGAUGUAAUCCUCGAUGCCAUUGAUGGCCUUCGAAGAUACAAAGAUUCCGUGAGGUGGAAACACUAUCACAGGGAACAACAACAGGAGAAAGCAAAGAAGCUCGGACUACCGACCGAAGAGAACAAAGAAGAAGAAAAGGAAAUCUACAACGAACAACCGGAUGACAACAAUGAAGGACUCAAGACAGGUCUUAGACCACAGAAGAUCAACAUGACGGCCCCAACAGCCUCAGACGAAGUAGAAGUCUUCCUCAAAAAACUGGAGAAGAUAGUACUACAAAUGGCCACAGAUUACAAGGGACACCAAACCAAUCCUAAAUCCAGAUCCAUCAAGAAACUACAGCGCAAACUUCUGAUGAAUCCAAACAAAGUUGUCAUCCCUACAGACAAAACAAACUCAUACAGAAUGAUGGAAAUCGAAACAUACAUACAACAAGUCAAACAACACCUUGCAAAAAAUGCCAAAGAGAUCCCACACUCAAGGCUAACCGAGGUAUCACAAGCAGCACUAGAUCUACUGGAACUGAAGCAAGACUGUCUCUCAGACAAAGAAUCAGCUCAUGCAUUCCAACAAAUCAGAUCAUGCGCAAUCCCAUCACCCAAGCUUAUGAUCAAAGAUCACAAGAAACCCAACAAAGAUGGAGUAUUCCCAACCAGACUUGUUGUACCAGCCAACAACUACACAUCAGCAUUCCCUAAACUCAGAUACCUAGGAAUCAAAAGAAUUCUAGACGACAAUAAAAUAGACUACAUGGACAAAACAAUCAUCCAAGCCUCCGACCUCAAAGGCCAAGUAGAAAAACUAGGAGUCAACACUAGCAACUCAACAAUAGUAUCGAUCGAUGCUGAAGCAUACUACCCUUCAGUUCGAUUCAAACUAGUGCGAAAAGCAGUCAAAUACUUUACCAAGAAUCUUGACACAGAAUGCCAAAGACGACUAGAUGACUGCCUAGAUAUGAUCAAAUUUGGGAUGAACUCUACACUACUGACAUUCAAAGACAAAUACUAUGAAUAUGAUGGAGAUAUGGAUCCUGAAGAGAAAGGACUAACCAUUGGUGGAUAUGAAUCAGCAUGGCUGUCUGACCUAGUAGGAGCCUACAUCCUAGAAAAUACCAAAGACCAUUUUGAAGAAACAUCAUACUAUGGCCUCUACAGAGACGAUGGUUUUGCGAUUUUCAAAGGAACUUGGACAUAUGAAAUGAUAGUAGAAUGGAGAGCCAACUUUCAGGCCAAAGUCAACAGCCUAGCCGAAGGAGACUACCUAAUAUUCACCUGUAGUAUAUGGCCAGACCAAACUAAAAGACAACUCCCAAAAGAUCAACCCGACCCCAAAGUAACUGUAGAAAGUGGAAAAGCAUUCCCUUAUCUAGAUAUGGAACUGUUCUGGUCGGACCAGGAAGAACUUCACUUCCGAGUCCACCUUAAACCGAACCAACAACUGAAAUAUCUAAACAGGGGAACUACCCACACAAACGCAUGCCUCAAAAACAUCCCACUAGGGGUGUUCCAAAGACUCGCUAAACUCACUACAGUUACCAACAAGAAUGCCAACCAAACCCUCGCUGAGAUCUACCCACUACAUAUCGAGGCGUUGAAGAAAGCUGGACUGGUUCCAGACCAGAUACCAACACUACAAGAGGAGAUACAACGAUACUCCAAGCGACAAGAGGACAAAGCAAACGAACCAGAUAGAGAUGCCAAGCAACGAAAGAGGAACCGGAACCGAUCAUUAUUCUUCUGUAUAGGACACUCCAACGCCUGGACGACCCCAAUACACAAGGUAACCAACGACCUCAAGAAGAGCCAUGGCCUCGAAUGGAUCAGAACGUCUAUGUCCUAUCAUCGAUUCACCAACCUGCGAGAGAUGUUCAUGUGCAUGGGAGACCUAUCGAGGAAGCUCACCAAAGACGUCAUCUCCACCGAGUUCCAAAAUGAAACCUGCAACUGCAAGCCAGGAAACAAGAAAGACGGCCAAUGCCAAUUUGACGACCGCUGUAGAAAUAAACUGGCCAUAUACUGCAUCAAAUGCAUUAACUCGGGCAAGGAAUACAUUGGGGCAACCCAACGAAACGUCAAAGAACGAACAUACCAACACUUCACCGACGUCAUGUGUCUCCUCUACGGAAAACGCAAGUCAGAUUCAUACGCAAGACACUUCGCCAACGAAUUCCAAAACUUCGCAGCUCCUUCACCAUUCCGACUUAAUGGCGACAUUCAAAGGAACAGCAUCGAAAUUAGCAUCCUAUGGCAAGGCAACCCCAUCAGCACUGUCAAGACCUUCGGGACACGACACUGCAGCCUAUGCAACAGGGAACGACUCGAGAUACUGAAACGAUCCAGAGAAUCGCCAGAAAAGCUGAUCAACUCCUGCAACGAAAUAUACGGAGCAUGCCGACAUAAACCUCGAUUUCAUAAGUACCACAAUAGCCCAAGCACUGAUGAUUCCCAAGGGGGAUGA